AUGCCGCCCACGCACAUCGCCAUCCUCGGCGGCGGGCUCACGGGGCUCUCCGCCGCCUUCCACCUCGCGCGCCGCUUCCCCUCCACGCCCAUCACCCUCCUCGAGAAGGAACACCGUUUCGGCGGCUGGGUCCGCAGCGAGCGCGUUGAGGUCGCCGACGGGCAACGACGCAGAGAGAGUAUGGUGUUGGAAGCGGGCCCACGGACGUUGCGGCCGCGGAGUAUGGCUGUUUUGGAGCUGAUCCACCUCCUGGACCUGACCCCCGCCCUCCUCACCGUCCCGCUCACCGCCCCCGCCGCCCGCACGCGCUUCCUCCACCUCCCCCCGCGCCCGGGCCUCGUCCCCCUCCCCUCGUCCCCCCUCUCCCUCCCCUCCUCCCCGCUCGCCCCGCUCCUCCUCUCUGCCCUCCUCCGCGAGCCUUUCCGCGCUGCCAACCGACCAGAUGGCGUGGAGGACGAGAGCGUCGACGCGUUUUUGAGCAGGCGGUUUGGGAGGGAGCUGGCGAGGGUGAUGGGCAGCGCGCUCGUGCACGGGAUCUACGCGGCCGACUCGCGCGUGCUGAGUGUGCGCGCGGCCUUCCCUGCGCUCUGGGAUGCGGAGACGCAAGGGCGGGGGAGCGUUGUGCUCGGGAUGCUGCGCCGGAAACAGGGCGAGGGCGAACAGGAAACCUAUGAAACAGGAGAAGUGGAGGAAACGAUGAAGGGCGUGUCGGUGUACACGUUCAUAGAGGGCAUGGAGACGCUCGUGCACGCGCUCCUGGGCGCGCUGAGGCAAAGGGAGAAUGUGAGACUCGUGAGCGGCGAGCGGGCUACCGCGCUCUCGCUCGACCCAAUAUCUAAAUCCAUAACGAUAACGACCCCCACGCAUACCCUCCACCCCUCCCACCUCGUCUCCGCGCUCCCGCUCCCCGCGCUCGCAGCCCUCCUCCCGCACGACCCGUCCCUCCGCCUCCCGCACCUCACCGCGAACCCCUCCGCGUCCGUGACCGUCGUCAACCUCGUGUUCCCGCAGCGCGUGCACCCGGACGGGUUCGGGUACCUCGUCCCGCGCUCGUCGGGGGAGGAAGAGGUGAAGGGGGGAGGGGAAGGGAGGGUGCUCGGCACGGUGUUUGACUCGUGCGUCGGCGGCGUGCAGGACCGCGUGCUCGGGGACGACACCGGGGAGCGGUUCACGAAAGUUACCAUGAUGCUCCGCGCGCCCUCCCGCUCUUCCUCUCCUUCCCACUCGCCCUCCACCCAAUCCCUCCUCCGCACCCUCACCACCCACCUCUCCCCCUCCCCCUCUCCCCUGCCCCAGCCGCUCCUCGUCCGCACGCACGCCCAAACCGAGUGCAUACCCACGCCCACCGUCGGGCAUUUGGCUAGGAUGGUAGAACUGAGAGAGGUGCUUGGGAAGGAGCCGUGGGGCGGACGGGUAGAAGUAGUCGGUGCAGGAGUGGGGGGUGUUAGUGUGGGGGACUGUGUGGCGGCGGGGCGGGCGGUUGGGAGGGCGUGGUAG